UUUUGAUUCGUUCCUCUCAAUUUUUCUCAAAAUUUGAGCUUUUUAGCUGCACAUUAAUGGCUCUUUUUCAUUGUUAACUUCUUGCGACCAAGCUCUUUUACGUGAGAAUCCUCUUGGUUUUCUCUUGUUUUUGUUUCUCUUAAUGAAAAGUUUCUCUCUUGUGUGAGAUUUUUUAUGGAGUCAACGGAAUCUCCACAAACUUUGAUGGGCUUUUUCUCUACAUGAUAAACACAGUUCUAUUGCAAAAAGACUCUUUCAAUCAAGCCUCCUUUGUAUGUCAGUUUUUCUCAUCAGAACAUCUUGGUGCCUCUUUGCACAUAAAAUUCAUUUCCUUUGCAACAGAACACUUUUAUCAUCUCGGGGGUCCAAGAAGCAACAACAGCAAGGAGGGGCGGAUUUCCGGCGAAAAAAAGAGGUUCUCCAUUGAAAAAGAUUCACUUUCCGGUGAUAGAGAUGGACUUUCAUGUGAAAAAGAAUGGUUUUCUGGCGAAAAAGAGCUUUUGUCAUGUGAAAAAUCAGAGGAUGAUGCAUUUCCCAAUGGUCGAAUCCUUGACAACCCUAAUCUCAAGACAUACACCUAUGCAGAGCUCAAAACUGCCACAAAGAAUUUCAAGCCUGACACUAUUCUUGGAGAAGGCGGUUUUGGAAGGGUCUUCAAAGGUUGGGUUGAUGAGAAAACUUUGGCCCCUGCAAAAUCAGGUUUAGGCAUGAUUGUUGCUGUAAAAAAAUUGAAUUCAGAGAGUAUGCAGGGUCUUAAAGAAUGGCAGUGUGAAGUGAACCAUUUGGGGAGGCUUUCUCAUCCCAAUCUUGUCAAGCUCUUGGGCUAUUGCUGGGAGGAGAAGGAGCUCCUUCUGGUCUAUGAAUUCAUGCCAAAGGGGAGUCUUGAAAAUCACCUCUUCAGAAGGGGAUCCUCAAAUGAGCCUCUGACUUGGAGUCUUCGGCUAAAGAUAGCCAUAGGCGCUGCUAAGGGUCUCACUUUCCUUCACAAUUUGGAGAAACAUAUUAUUUAUCGUGACUUUAAGGCAGCUAACAUUCUGCUUGAUUCGAACUAUAAUGCAAAAAUUUCAGAUUUUGGAUUGGCGAAAUUUGGGCCAUUAGGGGAUGAUUCCCAUGUCACAACGAGGGUCAUGGGCACCCAUGGCUAUGCUGCCCCUGAAUAUGUAGCCACAGGCCAUCUAUAUGUGAAGAGCGACGUGUACACCUUUGGUGUUGUCCUUCUUGAGAUUUUAACAGGGCUACGAGCCCUCGACUUGAACAGACCAACUUCGCAAAUCAAUCUUGUAGAUUGGGCUAAGCCAUUGCUAGGAGACAGAAGAAAGUUAGAAGUGCUUAUGGACAUAAGGCUUGAUAAUCAAUACCCAAUCAAGGGUGCUUUAGAGACGUGCAAACUCUCACUGAAAUGCUUGACUCCUGAACCUCGCAAAAGACCACACAUGAAAGAGGUCUUGGAGGAAUUGCAGAGAAUCGCCGCUAUAAAGGAGAAACCGAAGGAGAGUAAACGGGCUGAUAAGGCUCGUUCGGCCGCACACCCACAAACCUACAUGGGCCACCGAUCACCGAUAAAUCCUAGGCUCGAUGGCUUCCCGUUGAAUGGUCAGCAUCAUGCUAGAUAGCCAAAGUCUCAUUGAACUCCUUUUGAAUUUGACAUUUGAAGUAGUUCACUGUUUUGGUCAUGUGAUAUUGUUUAUAAGAGAAUUCCACAUUAGUCUUACCUGAAGCUGUUGGGCUCAAGAGCAAUGAAUUUCUUUAUUGUGUCCCUUUUUUCCUAGAAAUUGCAGGAACAACUUUUUGGAUUACCCUUUUGGGGGUGCAAACAUUGAAUUGUUGUAAUUAUGCAUAAUUGCUGGUUGACAUUCCACUUGUCUAUUCUCUUCUCUUUCACUGAAAUAGUCACACACAUCAGUUUUAUCAUUAUUAUGUAUUAUUAGGAGAGCUUUAUGAAGCCCUUGUUUCUAUACAAUGGAUGUUACCUUUCUUUU